AUGGCCAAGAGUGUUACACCGGCCAAGGUCACCAAGGGCACCACUCCCAAACCCCGCACAAAGACAACACAGCCGAAGAAACAAGCACCCCUUUCUCCGAAGCGAAUUCAGAAGGCACCCACCUCGUCUCCAUCUUCCAGCACCGGCAGCGACGGUGACGUCGACUCGGAAGAAUCCGAGUCCGAGUCUGAGAGCGAGACUGAAGCCAGCAGUGUCUACCAAGAUACUGGCUCGGGCGCUGAGCCGGGUGUCAUACAACGUUUCAAACGCGACCAUAUCCCCCGAAAGAUGACUCGAAGCCUUACUGCAAGUCCCUCUGGCAACUCCUCGAGCAGUGGGAGUGGAGACAGCAGUGAUUCUGAUAGCGACAGCGACAGCAACGAUCAGUUCGACGAAAAUAACCACGAACGUGCCAGUGACAGCAUCGGUGAAAGGAGCAGUGGUAGCGACAGCGACGGCUACAGUGGCUACACGAGCAACAGUAGCGAAGGCAGUAGCAAAGACAAUGUCAGCGGCAAAGGUAGCUCCAGGAGUACCACCAACGAAGGCAGCAGUGCCUAUGACAGCGAUUGUAGCAGCGAUGGUAGCGACGACGACAGCGAUGAUAGCGAAGAUGAGAGUGAUUCCGAGUCCGAGCCGCCAAAGCCCCUUACUCCCAAAAAGACUGUCAAGAAGCCCGCCAAGACACCCGCGACGGCUUCAACGCGUGGUAAAAACAAGGCCCGGCCUUCGAAUGGCACGAAAGGGGAGGAAGCUUAUAUCAAAUCCGAACCCGACUCUGACUCCGGCCUCCCACCAGUGCCCAUGGCGUCAAUCUCGGCAAAGGAUCAGGAGCCUCCCACCUCGGCCCAGAGAGCUUCCGUUCCACCUUCAAAGCGUAAGGAAAGGCCAAAACCAGAGGUCCGAUCUGCCAAGAGGGGCCGCGAAGAAGACGAGGUCGAGAAACAGACCGCUACUGGGCGGCCCGCGGCGAAGAGAAGGGCAACAACUCAGCAACAAAGCAGUCCUAGUGAGAAAACCAAGUCAAGCAAGGCUCGACGUCACGACAAGAAACCGCCGGCCGAGGCUCCAUGCGGUGUAGAGUCAUCCAAAUCCAGGCGGUUUGCUGAGAAUGGGAGUAGCCCUCUUCUAGAGCAAACGUUCAAGGAUCUUCCCCAGAUCGAAUCAGAGCACAAGCGCUCCAUUGACAUGCUGAUGCAGCGUAUAAAUGCAAUGGAAGAGAAGAGCAUCAGACAAGACAAAAAAAUCACAAAACAAGACGAAAAGAUUAUGAAGCAAGACAAGAAAAUCAUAAGGCAGGAUAAAAAGAUCAUUAGACAGGAUGAGAAGAUUAUGCGUCAGGAUGAGAAAUUGAUGAAAUAG